AUGAGAAGUAGUGGUCACCAACAAAGAUCGUACCCACUUGGCAGAUCAUCUUGGUUCACUCAUCACUCGAUCACUGUUACUUCUAAUUCUCACACCCAUGUUCCAACGAGAUUGAGCAGCGAACCAUCUAGAUUCCUUCAAAUGAUGGUCAUGGGGUGUAUACAGCUUGUUAUUUUCACAAGUUUGUACUACUCCAUUCCACUCGUCGUAGAAGGUGCUACUACAACCUUGACAGAGGCCAGUGCCACUCCAGUCGUUCUCUACAAACUCAUCACCGUGGCAGGUACACGAAAUUUAACUUACAAUGGAGAAGAUAUUCCUCCAUUGAACACGAAUAUUAAUUAUCCAAACUUUGUAUUUCCAGUAUAUCCUGCAAAUACCUCACUCUUGGAUGUAUACUUUACAGAUCGAAAUCGAUUGAGAAAGAUUAAAACAGUGGGUGCUCCUGGUCGAUCUGUCUCCACCAUUGCUGGCAAUGCUGUUCAAGGUUAUAGUGGAGAAGGACCAAGUUGGAAUGCGUCUCUCAAUCAACCUGCAGGAAUCUAUGUAUCGCCCAAUCAGGAUUUCAUUCUUGUAUCAGAUGUAUUGAAUCAUAGAAUCAGAAAAAUUGAUCUCAUCGAAGGUAGAAUCUCGACCAUCAUUGGUGGUUUUAAUAACUCGAAAGGUUUCAAUGGAGAUGGCUUCCUCGGUAACGAAACUCUCAUCGACACCCCUCAAGGAGUUACCAUGUUCAAUGGUGAAAUCUAUUUUGUUGAUUCAGUGAAUCAUCGAGUUCGAAAAUUAGAUUCACGAACGAAUCGAGUUCAAACCGUGGCUGGAAAUGGUAUUGGUACAUACAAUGGAGAUGGUAUAAAAGCCACGUUGGCAAGUCUCAACACACCCAUUGAAAUUGUAUUCAACUCGAUAGGAGAAAUGUUCAUCACAGAUGCACUCAAUAGUUUGAUUCGAAAGGUUGAUACCAACGGUUUCAUUUCAACAGUGGCAGGAAAUUAUGGAGCAUUGUUGCCUGUGGAUGGUGUUCCAGCGACACAAACAGCAUUGGGUGCUGCUAAAUCGAUUGCCUUCUCUCCCUUCUCAGAAAGUCAAAUGUUUAUUGCAGAUUCGUUCAAUUGUUUGAUACGAAAAGUGAAUAUGAAAACUGGAAUUAUUACCACAGUGGCUGGAAUUUUUGGUUUUAUGGGAUUUUCUUCUGACAUUUCGGAUGCAUCAGAGGCAGUUUUGGACACCCCUCAAUCCAUGUUUGUCGAUUCUUUGAGCGGUGACAUUAUUUUUGUCGAAAGAGGAAAUGCAUUGAUUAGAAAAUUAAGUCCUUACUGUUCAAACUCUGCUUAUUCGCUAUCGUAUGAUUUUUCAUCAUGCUACGAUUCAUGUUAUGGUGUGAAAUUGAAUGAUUCACGACUCGAUACCUGUGUGUGCCGAAGUGGAUUCAUUGGACGAGAUUGUUCCAUUCCCAUUUGUGUUGCCAUUUUGAGUGGUUCAGAUCUCUCUCAAAAUAGUACUACCACAGUCGAAUGUUCCAAAACCAUCAUUAAGGGAAGUGAAUUGAAUGUACAUUAUUUGGAAAAUCUAAAUGAUUUGAAUUCUAGAAAAAUCUCUUUCAAUGGUUUUCAAAACAUUCUAGUAGAAUUCCCUUCCAAUGUUUCAAUGGAUUUAUCACGACAAGGUUUCAACUUGAAUACAACCACAAACAUGGUACUGGUGAGUUCAGCCUAUGUCCAUUCUCAACUCACAUACAAUGAAACGAGCUUCAAGUCACCUCUCAUUUCCGUAUCACUGCUCGAUAAGAAGGGUUUACCCAUCACCAUUUCCAAUUUAGAGAAACCUAUUCAAUUGCAUUUCACAACCACUCCACAACAAAAUCUCUCCACUCUCAUUUGCAUGUAUUAUCACGAAUUGGAAAAAGUUUGGAAAACAGAUGGAGUAGAAACCACUCGUUUGAAUGGACCUUCACAAGUUCAUAUUACUUGUUCAACCACACAUUUGACAUCUUUUGCAGUGAUUGAUUCCAAUUUCAAAAAAGCAACCAAUUCUGACACCAAAGAAUCUACAGGUCUCUCACCUGAAACACAACUUGCUAUUGCCCUAUCUGUGGUUGGCUCUGUAUUGGUGUUGGGAAUUAUUGCACUCAUUGUCGGUGUGGUUUUGACUUUUUAUUGUCGAAUUCGAAUCAUGAAAAAGAAAGGAACAACUCUCUAA